AUGGCCCGCCUCGUCGCCGCCGCGGCUGCCGCCGUGCUGCUGCUGGCUGCCUGGGCGGCGUGCACCGCCGCAGCGCCGGUGCAGGUCCCAAAGUGCGAGUGGGCUUCAGAGUACUGGCUGUGUGUAGCCACCAGGGCUGCCGCAUGGCCGAGGAAGCCGGCGCCCCCCAACCGCCUGGCAACCAAGGACCUGCAGACGUGGGCGCGCGAGUCCCUGUGCGCGGCCCAGAACACGAAGGCGCUCUGCGACAAGGCCGCCGUGCCGGGCAAGAACGUGGGGACGUCGGGUACGACCGACCCCUGCUUCUGGGACGCAGAGCAGAAGUUCUGCCGUACCCACGUUAACACCAUCGUCGAUAUCGCCUGCGAAGGUGAUCUGGCGCAGCUGACCGACAAGUGCUCUGCUUUCGACAAGCAGGCGUCCUGCGUCACCAACUCGCUCUGCAAAUGGGGAAAGAUCAACAACAAUGAGAUCUGCUACCCGCGGCUGGUGGACCAGCUGGGCAUCAAGACCAUCCCCGCAUACUACAUCAACUAUUACUACAACCCCGCAACUUACGGCACCUGUGACGAGUCUAAGACGUACCGCAACUUUUUGUCCAAGUGCUGGGGCAAGAGCAAGGACGCCUGCCAGUCGAGCAAGAUCUGCAAGUAUUGGCCCAACGAGGCCGCGUGCACCUCGACCGAGGCCGCCGAGGCCGCGUACGUCACCGGCGGAGACACCGGUUCGAUCUCCGCCGAGAACUACUGCGGGAAGUUUUACACCCGGGAGGCGUGCGGCAAGGCGGGGACCGUCGCGUUCGACCCCAAGGUGACCCGCAAGUACCUCGAAGACAACGUCCCCAAAGCCUUUGCCGGCUGA